UCUAGUCUUGAGCUUUCGAUAUGUUAUCUCUUCAAUAUUAAGAGUGUAUGUAGGUUUUUAUGUCUAUUGACCGAAUUUAACCUAAAAAUUCAACUAUGAGAUUUUUAUUUUCCUUAAAAUAUGUCAUCAAAAUUAAAGUUAUAUCUAGGUAGAAAAGUAAUAGAUUCGCUUCAUAAAACUACGAGGAUCAGUCCACUAGAACUUCAACAUUUAAUUCAAAUCGGAAAUACUAACGGAAAUGAUAAAAUAGAGCUUAGUUUACCGGUUAAUAUAUUAGAAGCCCAAUUGGGAGUUACGAAUGUAACGGAAAUAUUGAAAAUAGAACCUGACGAUAUAAUCAAGAAUAUUCAACUCGUAAGAGAUCGUGCCAAUAGAAAGAUCGCAUUUGAGAUAGACCGAUACAUAUUCGUUAAAGAUGUCAUGGAAAAUUGCUCUUUACCCGAUCUCAAUUUUAAACCCAGAAACGUAUUAGUUGAAUACAGCUCGCCGAAUAUUGCAAAACCUUUUCAUUUCGGACAUUUAAGAUCCACAAUCAUAGGAAACUUUAUAGGAAAUUUAAACGAUUUUCUUAGGAACAAAGUAACGAAAUUGAAUUAUUUAGGUAACUGGGGCACACAAUACGGUUUCAUAAAACUAGGGGUGAACGAUUUGAAAUAUAGUCUUCAGGAUAUUGAAAAAAAUCCCCUACAAUUACUGUAUCAGUGUUACGUGCACGCUAAUAAGUUAGCUGAGAAUAAUCCACGUUACACGGAGGAAGCCAAAAAGAUAUUUGCAGAAUUAGAAGGUGGAUCAGAAGAAGAAAUAAACGAUUGGCAACAAUUCAUGGAAUUUUCCAAAUUGGAUUUAAUCAAAACAUACAAAAGGUUGGGUAUAACAUUUGAUGUAUACAAUUUUGAAUCAGACUAUAAAGCUCAACAAAUCAAAGACGUUCUAACUGUAUUGAGGAAAAAAAAUAUCAUACAUAAAGAUAAAGACGGCAAAGAAACUGCUCUAAUAGGUGACCGUAACGUUACUGUUGUGAAAAGUGAUGGAACAACUUUGUAUUUAACAAGAGAUAUCGCCGCAGCAUUGGACAGAUUCAAAAAAUACAAUUUUGAUAAAAUGUAUUACGUAGUGGACAGCAGUCAGAGCGAUCAUUUUCACGCUCUAAAAAAUAUUUUAUAUAAAAUGGAUUUACCUUGGGCAAAUAGAAUUACUCACGUUAAAUUUGGUAGGAUAUUAGGUAUGAGUACUAGGAAAGGAAGUGCAAUUUUUUUAAAAGACAUUUUAGACGAAUGCCGUGAUCGCAUGAUCAAAAAACAAAUCGAAUCACCAACUACCAAAGCCCCGAUCGAAAAUGGUCAUGCAGCAGAUAUUUUAGGAGUUUCUUGUAUUAUUAUAAACGAUUUGAAAAGAAGAAGACAAAAAGAUUAUGAAUUUGUUUGGGAUCAAGCUUUGCAGGCACAAGGUGAUACUGGUAUAAAACUUCAAUACGCACAUUGCCGUUUAUACAACUUGGAAGAUAAUACGGGAAUGGUUCCCGCUAAGGAGUGCAUUCCAGAAAUUUUACUAGAACCCGAAGCAGUGGCACUAACAAAACAACUCGCAAAAUUCCACGAUAUUUUGUACAAUGCCAACGAACAAUUGGAAGCUUAUAUUUUAGUUAAUUACCUCUUUCAAUUGUGUAACCAGAUCAACAAAGCGUUUAAGACGUUGCAAGUGAAAGGGCAGAGCGUGGAAAUAGCCUCUCAAAGAUUACUGCUCUUCAAAACUGCCAGAGAAGUUUUAGGUAACGGGAUGACUAUUCUAGGUCUUCGGCCGUUGAAGAAGAUGUGAUUUUAUUAUUAUUUUUUUUUUCAAAUAAAUAUUUGGAAAAAAUAUACCGUUUUAUUUAUUUAUACCGAUUUUUUUUUCUAUUUUUUGGUGCAUAUGAGACCCAAGUUUGAAAUACGAAAUUUCAUCACUUUUUUGUCAAUAAAAAAUAUCAAAAACCAUCAACUCCUCGAUUUGGUCCGAAAACUGUACAAAAAAAUGUUUUUCGAAAAAUGAAUACAAAAACGAUGAAAUAUCUAUAAAUGAAUGUUUUUUGUUUUAAUAUCAUUUUUUAAACUUCAAUAGUGCUAUUUGGAAUUUUUAGAACCGUUGGUAAACACACUAUUUACACUACCACUACACCAACUUUCACAAUUACACUGUCUGACUCGCGUUUCGAUAACCAAGUUAGUCAGUCUCUGAAGAUGAUAAUUUGAAUGUCGAAAUAUUCGUUUACAUACCGAAAGUUGCGUUUUGAGUGUUUCAUUUAGUGGAAGUGACGGUUCCGUACUGCAAAACACUUUCGGGGCGCUCUGGAGUGACUCUAGCCACUUGAAUGUUGACAGUUUGACUUCGAUGAUUUUGCAUAACCUCAAAUUUUUAAUUUUUUGUUUUAUCCGAAGUUUUGUCUAGAGCGAUGAAUGAUUAUGAAUGAAGAGUUACUCUAUUCUACUAUAUUUUCCAUGGUUGAAGUUUUUGAUAUUUUUGCAAUGUACCCUUUGUUUUGUUUCUUCAGGAAAUUGAUGAGUUUUGAAUC